ACGAUAAUUUCGAUUGAAUUGAAAGUGCAAUUUUUCUUAAAUUGCCUACGUUGCUGAGUUGGCUUACUUUGUUGCAUUUAGCUUUCGUAAUAAUUAUUUUCCAAAUAUGUCGAAGAAAAGGGGUGGGAAAAAGAACCAAGAUUUCGAUGACGAUCUCGAGGAAAAGUCUACUGUAGGCAACAAUAUUUCUGAGAUAACCUCAAAAGCAAAGGGUAAAGGUAAAAAAAAAGCUAAGGGUAAAGCUGACUUCAGCGACAGUGACGAGGGCGGUAAAGGAGACCUCAAGGGCCAUUUGAGCGAUGAAGAGGAGGUACGCCAGCCUGCCAUGAAGAAAUCCCAGAAGAAAGGUAAGAAUAAGAAGAAGGGAGCCGAAUCUGAGGAUGAAGAAGAUGAUGGAAAGUCAGUAACCAGUAGUGCAACCAAUACCUCUAAGACUCCUAGCAAAGGAGGUAAAAAGAAAAAAGGCAAAGGUAAAAAAGAUGAUGAUUGGUCAGAUGGAGCAAGCGAGGUUGAAUUCAAACAAGAAGUUUCAGAGGAUGAAAUUGCUAAACCUGUAGCUAGUAAAAAGAAAACUAAAAACAAAAAGAAAGAAAAGGCUAUGGAAUCUUCAGAUGAUGAAGAGCAUGAGGAUGCAAAGUCGGUCGUCAGCAAUGUUUCCAGUAACACAUCAAAGCCUUCAGCCAAGAGUAAUAGUAAAAAAGGUAAGAAAGAAGAGUUGCCAGUCGACGAAAGUGAGGAGGAACAAGAAGAUUCUCCCGAUGAAGAAGUAUUGCCUGCUAAGAAAAAGGGUAAACACAAAAGCAAAACGCCUGUGGAUGAUGUGGAGGAAGAAAUCAAAAAACUAAAUCUGAAAGAGUCCUUGCCAGAAUUUGAAAAGCCUAAAAAGUCCAAGGGCAAAACAGAGGAUGGCAGUGAUGCUUCAGGAGAUGAAGACAGUAAGGCUUCUGGAGGCAAAACGGAAGCAGCGGAGAAGAAAUUGAGCCACAAAGAGAAGAAGAAGCUGAAGAAGAUGCAAGAAUACGAGAAGCAGAUGGAGAUGAUGACAAAGAAGGGCGGGCAGGGCCACAGCGAGCUGGACGCCAACUUCACCGUUAGCCAGGCGCAGAAAUCUGCUGGUCAGAUGGCAGCGCUGGAGAACGCAGUGGACAUCAAAGUCGAAAACUUCUCCAUAGCAGCCAAAGGGAAAGACCUGUUCGUGAACGCGAACCUGCUGAUCGCUCACGGGCGCCGCUACGGCCUCGUGGGGCCGAACGGGCACGGCAAGACCACGCUGCUGCGGCAUCUGGCCCAGCGCGCCUUCCCGCUCCCUCCCCAUAUAGACAUACUGCUGUGCGAGCAGGAGGUCACUGCUAACGAUAUGAGUGCUGUGGAAACUAUAUUGGAAGCCGAUGUUAAGAGGACUGAACUGCUCAAGGAGUGCAAAGUGUUGGAAGCUGAAACAGAGAAAGGAAAUCUAAGCAAACAAGAAAGAUUAAAUGAGGUGUACGCGGAGCUGAAGGCGAUCGGAGCGGACUCCGCGGAGCCGCGCGCGCGGCGCAUCCUCGCCGGUCUGGGCUUCAGCCGCGAGAUGCAGGACCGCGCCACCAAGAACUUCUCCGGUGGCUGGCGCAUGAGGGUCUCACUGGCGAGAGCCCUGUACAUUGAGCCUACGCUGUUAAUGCUCGACGAGCCUACGAACCACUUGGAUCUCAACGCCGUCAUUUGGCUCGACAACUACCUCCAAGGCUGGAAGAAGACGCUCCUGGUGGUCUCCCACGACCAGUCGUUCCUCGACAACGUGUGCAACGAGAUCAUCCACCUCGACCAGCAGAAGCUGUUCUACUACAAGGGCAACUACUCCAUGUUCAAGAAGAUGUACGCGCAGAAGAGGAAAGAGCAGAUCAAGGAGUAUGAGAAACAGGAGAAGAGGCUGAAGGACUUGAAGGCGCAUGGACAGUCCAAGAAACAGGCCGAAAAGAAACAGAAAGACGUGUUAACACGCAAGCAAGAAAAGAACAGAAGCAAGACGCAACGCGAGGAGGAGGAAUCGGCGGUGCCUGUGACAUUACUGCAGAGGCCCAAGGAGUACCUGGUCAAGUUCUCCUUCCCUGAUCCACCGCCGCUACAGCCGCCCAUCCUGGGGCUACACAACGUGGACUUCAACUUCCCCGGUCAGAAGCCGCUGUUCAAGCAGGUGGACUUCGGGAUAGACUUGAACUCGCGCGUGGCCAUCGUCGGCCCCAACGGCGUGGGCAAAUCCACCUUCCUCAAGUUGCUGGUGGGCGAGCUGAGCCCGGUCCGCGGCGAGCUCAUUAGGAACCACAGGCUGCGGAUAGGCAGGUUCGACCAGCACUCCGGCGAGCACCUGACGGCGGAGGAGACGCCCGCGGAGUACCUGCAGCGGCUGUUCGGUCUGCAGUACGAGAAGGCGCGCAAGGCGCUCGGCACCUUCGGCCUCGCCAGCCACGCGCACACCAUCAAGAUGAAGGACCUCAGCGGCGGACAGAAGGCCAGGGUGGCGUUGGCCGAGCUCACCAAUAUGGCGCCCGACGUUGUCAUUCUCGACGAGCCAACGAACAACUUGGACAUCGAGAGCAUAGACGCGCUGGCGGAGGCCAUCAACAACUACAAGGGCGGCGUGGUGAUCGUGUCCCACGACGAGCGGCUCAUCAGGGAGACGGACUGCGCGCUCUACGUCAUCGAGGACCAGACCAUCAAUGAGGUGGAUGGCGACUUCGACGACUACCGCAAGGAGCUGCUGGAGAGUCUCGGCGAGACCAUCAACUCGCCCUCCAUCGCCGCCAACGCCGCCGUGGCGCAGUGAAUCUAACACCAAGGCUUAGUCUAAACAAUUUUAGGAGCGCUUCUUUUAUUUUGUACCAUUUUUAUAUAUUGUUACAUUUUUUUCCACUUUUGUGUUAUUUCUACUAAGAAUCGCGAGCUCUUUCGAUCCUAAUGGGAUAAAAAUAUGUCCCCGACUGUUUUUUCCUAUUGUGUUACCAUUUUCCCAUAUACUUUGUAUGGCGGUAACAAAAAGGAAAGUUUGAAAAAUGUAUGGAAAUUUUAGGUCACUUUUUUUCCUAUAAGGAUGAAAAGGACUCGCGAUGCUGACUAGAAAUAACAUAAAAGUGGCAUAAAAGGUCACAAUAUAUAAAAAUGGCCAAAAUAAAAGAAACGCUCAAAGUCACUUCAAAAAUAUGUAUACUAUUUUAUUUCGAAUAUUAUCCCCCGGCCAUUGGCGCCUAAACGUACACAUAUUUUUGGAUCUGCCUGUGUAAUGGUGCGCAUACAGUCAAAGAUUGAAGUAACCAGAUAGUGAAAUUGUAAUAAAAUAAGACUAAUAGAAAAAUGUCGUGAUAACUAGCGAUUUUUUGAGCUUAUUUCUGCAAGACGAUUUAUCUUACGAAACGUGAGAUCUUUUUUUUAUUCAAAAAUAUCAGAACUAAAAGUGGGGUUGUCAGAAAAUAUGACGUAGAAUCGAGGCACUCUAAAAUUGUAAAUAAACUUCAAACAUUUAUUCAUCAAAUAGGCCACAAGGGCUCUUUUGUCAUGUAAAAUUUUUACAAACAAUAAAAAUAACCAAAAGUUACAAAAUACAAUGACAAAUAUGGAAUCAAUGAAAUAUUACAUACUUUAUUAGAGCGGUAUACAGCCUGUGUCAGAGAUAAAAGAUAUAUACUAAAAAUACGAUCAUCAAAUUAUCACUCCAAGACUGGAAUUCUUAUAAGUAAUUAAUAGUCAAGAAAUUAAAUCAGACAUCCGUACAAGAACCGAAUGAAGUAUCUCACGUUAAUGCCAUUCAAAAUCAAAGUUAUAGGGCGACAUAAAAUAGUAGAAACUAAUGAAAUGGAACUAAAAAAAAUCCAAAUUGUUGCCAUGUUUAAGCAUUUUACGUCAUAAAUGUGACAGUUAGGCAGGAAGUGCUGCCCUCAAUAAUUUUCUACGAUUUUUGUCGAACUAUACAUAGGUACUACCUAUGUAGCACCCAGGUAUGUGGGCAGCACUUCCUACCUAACUGUCACAUUUAUGACGUAAGAUAUGUUACGUUAUACGUGACGUUAUAAGUAUAACAUGUCGUAGUCCGUGUAAGCAAAAGAUCGGUGUCCACAAACAGCAACCAUUCACGAGUAUGGCCCGUCUUAGCCAUCGCCUCCCAAAUACCACUGAAAUUGUGUCAUCGUAAUAAAUUGUGUCGCUGGUUCAUUUGCGGGGCCAACAUAACUAAUAGCGCGACUCCUUGCGCAUUCGACCACAACUAUUAUUCACUUUAUGACUGGUAAUGACAGAGGUAUUAUUUCGGGCACGCGACAUGAAUUCUGCUAUUAUUCGUGUUAGUUUUACUUGCAUCCAGUUUUCUUAUAACUCUGAAUAAUGGUAAGAACGAACAAGUCACAUGGGUGACAUUUAUUUUGCUAUCCGGGAAUUAAUAUCACUCUAUAUCGUGCUCGUAAACCCCUAAUUGAACCCUAUUACUUUGAUAUAAAGAUUAUAAAGUUCAAAUCUGAUGGGAAAUAUAUUCCCUCUGCCUUAUAAAAGGCUGAAUACUGUCUUUAAUAAUCAAUUAUGCGAACGCUUCAUUCUUACUAUAGACAUUUCGGAGGCCAAAUCUGACGUUUUCAAGCAAAAGGUACCACAUUGUCACUUACCAUAAGGAUGAAACGACACACAUGUAAGCAUGUUUCAGAACAAAUUGUACAAAAACUAGCCAUAUGAACGCGUAAGCAGGCCACUGACGAGCCUUCCAAAUGGAUGCCGUUACAAUGGAUUCAUCCAAAUGGACGGCAUCCUAAUAUUAAACAUUGUACGUUUUUGACAUUCACGGACCGAUUUUGGAUUGCAGCCUCGCUAUUUUGGACUGUUGGAAGGCUCGUCAGUGGCCACCUUUACAAUGGUCGCGUAUAGUUUUAAUUAAGAUAUCCCUAUUCAUUUAUUUGCUUGUACAGUCAGCUACAAAAUAUGAAGUUGUUUUAUCACCAUUAGGGAAUGCUCCCGUACUGAGUUCGUAUGGCGAGAACCGGGAUAUCCCGGUUCCGGUACUGUGUUUGUAUAGAAAACCGGUACCGGGAGCACUCCCUAAUCACCAUGUCUUUCCACCACGUCAAUUUUUCAAUUGAUAUGGUAUUGAUGUAUGUGCUGAUUUGUCUGAAAAGUCGUGAUACAAGAGUGCUGUACUUUAAAGUCUCUAUAAAGUAAGAGUGCGGCAUAGCAAACACUUGUGGGUGGCAUGCAGACUUGUAAAAUAUUCCAAUUAAAUUAAAUUAAAAUUACGCAUAUGUAUUAAGAUUUAGUUCUUAAUUGUAUUUAUGCUCGUUGAACUGUUGUCUGUAUUUCGAUAUUCAUUACCAUUUCGUACCUAGGUGCUAUGUUGUUGUUGUAGAACUUUUGGGUCUUUGUAUUACUAAAGCUUUUUUUAAUUUAAAUUUAUUAUACGAGUUAUUUACCCACAGAAAUAGGUUUUUAUAAAGCGGUUGAUAUGUUUAUAUAAUUAUAACAGAUUUAUUUAGCUUAGGGUGAUAUUCCACCAGUCCAAUUUCUUGGUCCAAUGUGCAGUCUCAUUAAGCAAAAGGUGCUUUUUAGAUCAUCUAAACUAUCUAAAUAAAGCAUAAAGCAUCGUAGUUUUUAAAUAUCUUCUCUUGACAAAAGCGUUUCACUAUAACACCUAACAGGCGUAUUCUACACCACCAUGCAAAAUAUAUUAUAUCAACCUUACGUGACAUUGGAAAACUUUGAACUUGUACCUACUUUCUUGUUUGUCAAUGCGGUUAACAAUUUUGCACGAACCAAACACUAGUGCCCGGUGCGCAGUCUAGAUGGCGCUGUGGGUAUCAAACUGGUCAAACAAUUGCAGAUAUCCCACCUCUUGGCACAUAUUUAACGAAAGUGAAAGUGAUGUUAUCGAUGUCCUUUAAAGCAUCUUUGUAGUUUAAUAAUAUAACAAGGAUUACUGUUACUGUUAUUUGAAUAGCGCCAUAUUUGCUAAACUACAAUCUAGGAACUCCCGAGUGAUAAUCCGUUACAUGGUGGCUCAAAUUUAAAUUGCUGUUUAUUAAUAUAUUCCUUCCAUUAAACAUUUAAUGAAAAUAGCCAAUUUGUAUUAAGGUUGCCUCCAGAAUCUCGCGAACUAAAUUGACAGGUCAAUGUGCACAAAUGAUACCACAGUUUGGCCAGUGCUGUUCAUAUCGAUAUUUUCAAAAAAGUUUGAAUUAGAGAAUAUAGCGAAAAUUCACCGCUAGCGGCGUUACUGUUGCGCGGUCAGUUAAAAUGUAUCUUUAAGUAAUUUAAGUUAUUUUACAAAUGUUACUUGGUAUUUCGAAAACUGCAAUUUUAUAGUAAGUAAUAGAGACAAGGAUAUUGGAUAAAAAUAUUGUAAUAUUUUAUAUAGAAAUAUGUCAGUUUCGCAUCCGCACCUCCUGAUUUGAUCGGUAACGUCACAUCACGACCUUACAAUCGAAUCAACCACUUUUCUCGUCACAUUCAUAUAAAUCGAAAUCGGUUGUGACCCCUUUAUAAUUAUGACUCGGGUAGUAAGUGCAAUAACUUACCUACUUAUCGAUAUCAUUUGAUCGACAUAUACCCGUGACUAUUUUUUCUUUGCUAUUCCUGGUAUCAUUUUAUUUGUCAAACUCAUGUCAAUUUAGUUCGCGAGUUUCUGGAGGCAACUGUAGUAGGCGUGUUUUCGAUGGUAUUAGGUUAUUACAUGGAUCGUGCGACUAAAUAUUAGUAGUUCAAGCAUUAUCAUUUAUCAGAGAUGCGUGUACAGUUGGCGGUAGGAAUAGCCACGGAAAAUACUUGCUAAAAAUUACAUGUCUUAUUGUCCGACAAGAAAUUGUAGAAAACUAUUGAGGUAAAUAUGGCAAAUAUUCAGUAUGUUUUUUUUUUGUUCCAUUUUAUUUAAUUUCUACUAUUUUAUGUCGCACUAUAUUUUCUCUUACAGUCUUAGACCACUGAAUAUUUCGCGUAGUAUUUGCGGCUGCUGACUAUACUUAGCCGUGUAACGGAAAUCAUGGUUGUGGCAGAUUAUAUAUUAGCAAAUAAAUAUGUAAAAAAAACACAUUGUAAAUAAGUAUUUAUUAAUCGUCAUCAACCCACUAAACAGCCAACCUUUUAAUUGUUACUAAAUAGCUACUUAAUUGAUAAUUUUUACAUGUAAUUGAAUGUUAGAUUAAUUCAAUGUGAUUGAAUACAUUUUUUACACCCCCAAUAUAUUUUUCAUUAAUUAA